AUGGCAUCACAAGUCGACCCUUUCGCCGACCGCAAUACGUUGGAUGCCAACCCCUUCGCCGACCCAUCUGUACAAGGCGCACUCAACGACUCCUCUCGCAUGUACGCCGGCGGUGACGACGAUGUAGCCUCCACCUACAAAGGCGCCCAAUCCUCCACCGUCGACGAAACGCCCGCCUCCCAAUCCGAGCUCAAUCGUGCCGAAGAACUUGGUCGUCGAGAGGAGCAACUCGCUCGUCGAGAACGCGAACUCGAGAAUCGUGCAGCCCACAUCCAAAGACACGGUCGAAACAACUGGCCUUUCUUCUACCCGCUCAUCUACCACGACAUCGACGUCGAAAUCCCACCAGACAGCCAACCUAUCAUGCAGAACCUCUACAAACUCUGGCUGCUUCUCGUAGCCACCCUGGUCGUCAACAUGGUUGCCUGCAUCUUCCUGCUCAUCCAAGGCGCAUCCGAUGGAGGGAAAGACAUGAUUUCCGGUAUUGUGUAUUUGCCGGUGAUCACCGUGGCUAGUUUCUUGUUGUGGUAUCGGCCGAUCUACAAUGGAUUGAUGAAAGAGCAUUCCUUGUUCUUCUACGUUUACUUGAUCUUUGCCGGCUUCCAUCUGGCGUUUUCGGUGUAUGUAUUUUUGGGCAUCCCUUCGACAGGGUCGGCUGGCUUGAUCAAUACGAUCCAAGCGUUUGCCGGAGGCAGGUUGGUCGCCGGGAUUUUGGGUGCGAUUACAACGGCUGGAUUUGGAUUGCAAGGCUUGGGUAAUCUGUGGUAUUACAGGUUGAUUUGGAAACAUAACAACGACAAGGGUCAUACUUUUGCCCAAGCAAAGAAUGAGUUGGCGACACAUGGAAUGAAGGCUUACUUUACCAGAGGCUCCCAGGUGUGA